UUACCUUUUCUAGCAGUACCUUUAAAGUGGAGCCCCUCACUUUUAAUCAGACAUCGAGAUGAUUGACUCAAAGCAGAACAAGAUGAGGCAGAGAAGAGGAUAGGUAGUGAGAGUGACACAGUGACAGACAAAGGAGUAGCCUCUAGGCCCAAACAUCAUCAAUACCAAGAUCAAUAAUUGAACUAACUAAGCUAGAUUAGCUUAGCUUAAUGAAGUGUUAUAACUUGUACAACAUACCCACAUUGAGAAUAAUGAAAGUUGUGUGAUGGAAUGCUUGCAUUUACUGCCUCAUUGAAUGCAGUUUCUGUGUCUCAUAAGCAGUGUUGCAUAGCAUUUGGGCAUCUGCAAUGGAUGACCUGUACAAAUGUUCUUCCAUACUUGUGGUGUAUUUAAUGCUGCUAGGUGUCACCGAGACCUCUGCAUCCUUAUCUCCGAAGGGAGUCAACUAUGAAGUGGUAGCUCUAAUUUACAUUAGAGAUGCACUUUUGGACACAAACCAUGUAUUGAAGGAGUGGGACAUAAACUCUGUGGACCCCUGCAGUUGGAGCACAAUCAGUUGUGCAGCUGAUGGAUCUGUCAUGGCAAUGUUAAUGCCCAACCAGAGUUUUGCUGGAACUCUUUCUCCAUAUAUUGGGAACUUGACAAAUCUUCAGUCCUUGUUAUUACAGAAUAAUGAGAUUUCUGGACCAAUUCCAGUGGAAUUAGGGAAGUUGGAAAAGCUUGAAACUCUUGAUUUUUCUGGAAAUCAAUUUACUGGUUUGAUUCCAAGCUCGUUAGGUCAGCUAAAGAACUUAAAGUACUUGCGACUCAACAACAACAAGCUUUCUGGACCCUUUCCAGCAAUGCUGGCCAACAUUUCAGGGCUGACUUUAUUGGACUUAUCCUACAAUAAUCUGAGUGGUUCUAUACCGAGAAUUCUGGCAAAGUCAUACAAUAUGUCUGGAAACCCGCUUCUUUGUAAUAGGGUAAAGGAUUGCCCUGUUGAUUCUCACUCACCCCUUUCAGUCACUCUCGAUCCUAAUAAACAUACAGAACCCUCUGGACAGCAUAAGAGUCUGAAGGUGGUUAUUGCACUUAGUGUCAUUUUUGGUUGUCUAGCCGUCUUUAUUCUUUCCAUUGGACUCCUCCUAUGGUGGCAAAAGAGACAUCAUGACCUUGUAUUCUUUGCAGCUAAUGAACAGCGUGAUCCUGACAUAUGUAUGGGAAAUUUGAAGAGAUUCUCCUUUCGAGAGCUCCAAGCUGCCACAGAUAAUUUCAAUCCCAAGAAUAUUUUGGGUCAAGGAGGUUUUGGAAUUGUAUACAAAGGUUGUCUACGAGAUGGCACCCUGAUAGCAGUGAAAAGAUUGAAAGACAAUAAUGCUGCAGCUGGAGAAGUCCAAUUUCAAACAGAGGUGGAAAUGAUAAGCUUGGCAGUGCACAAGAAUCUGUUACGAUUGAAUGGAUUUUGCAUGACACGUACAGAAAGACUGCUCGUGUAUCCUUACAUGCCGAAUGGAAGUGUGGCCUAUCAACUAAGAGGAGAUAAUAGUCACAGAAAACCCACUCUGGAUUGGUAUAUUCGCAAGAGGAUAGCUCUUGGAGCUGCAAGGGGACUAUUGUACUUGCACGAUCAAUGUGAUCCUAAAAUUAUUCACCGCGAUGUAAAAGCAGCAAACAUAUUAUUGGAUGAAGAUUUUGAAGCUGUUGUGGGAGACUUUGGAUUGGCAAAGCUCUUAGAUCAGAGAGAUUCCCAUGUUACUACUGCUGUUCGAGGCACUGUUGGCCACAUAGCUCCAGAAUAUCUAUCAACAGGGCAAUCAUCAGAGAAAACUGAUGUAUUUGGAUUUGGCAUAUUGCUGUUGGAACUCAUAACUGGACAAAAAGCUCUCGAUUUUGGUCAUGAUUCUAAGCAGAAAGGUGCAAUGCUUGAUUGGGUUAAAAAACUACACCAGGAGAGGAAAUUGGAUCUCAUAGUAGAUAAGGAUUUGAAAGGUUUCUAUGAUAGAGUUGAAGUAGAGGAAAUGGUGCAAGUGGCCUUGAUAUGCACUCUAUUUCAUCCUGGACAUCGUCCCAAGAUGUCUGAAGUGGUGAGAAUGUUGGAAGGAGAUGGACUGGCAGAAAGAUGGGAAGCAUCACAGAAAGUGGAAACUCCUAGCUACAGAAGGAUGGAGUCUAUUCCCAGGAGGUACUCAGAUUUCAUCGAAGACUCUUCUUUUGUUGUGCAAGCAGUGGAACUUUCUGGUCCACGAUGACUUAGUGAUCAUCAAUUUCCAAUUUCUGUUUUUAGUCUGCAUGGAGUCCAAAAUUCUAGCUGGGAGAUGUGUCAAAAUCUGCAGCUAUUUUCCAAGUGUAAUAUAUAUGGUCAAGAGUGAUAUAAGGUCAAUGUAUUCUUUUUGUAAAAUAUAUUGUCAUAUAUUCAAGAUAAUCCCUUGUUGAGGAUUCUGUUUACAUAAUAGCCAUAUAAUUAUCCAUCCA